GUCAUCAUCCUGGAGGACUACGCCGACCCCUACGACGCUAAGCGCACCAAGGGCCAGCGGGAGGCCGAGCGCCUGGGGGAGAACGAUGGCUACAUGGAGCCCUACGAUGCCCAGCAGAUGAUCACAGAAAUCCGCCGUCGGGGCUCCAAGGACCCCCUGGUCAAAGCCAUCCUGCUGUUGGACGGUCCUGGCGAGCCCGGGGAGGGGGGCGGCAAGCCGGAGCCAGCCAAGCGGACAGGGGGCAAGGGAGAGGGGGGCGGCCAGCCGGUCCAGCCAAGCGGAACGGGGAAGGGGGGGGUGGCCGGGGGGACCCCGGAGCGCAAGGCGAGGGCUGGGGACGGGCGCCUGCCUGAGAACGACGAGCGCCCGGCAGGCGAGUACGAGCAGCCCUGGGAGUGGAAGAAGGAGCAGAUCGUCAAAGUGCUGUCAGUCCAGUUCGAGGGCUCAGAGCGUCCCAAGGAGGAGGCGCCGCGGCAGCACCUACGCCAGAAGAGCUGGACCCCCAAGAUGCUGAAGCCGGUGGGUGCUGAGCACAGCGAGGGGGAGCGGGUGGACCCCGCCCUGGCACUGGAGAAGCAGCCCAGAGCCCCUGGAGCCAAAACAAUCGGAGCUGGACGGGAACAAACAGGGGUGGAUGCGGCCCUGGCCGUGGGGCGGGCGGGUGCCGGGGGGCUGGCGGCACUGCUGACGCCUGCCAGGACCAGCCAGGGCUGUGUUCACAUCAUCGUGGCCCAGACCAAGGACAACAAGUACACGCUCAGCCAGGCCAGCGGUGUCUUCGCCAGCGUCCCCGAGGUUGUGCACUACUACUCCACUGAGAAGCUGCCCUUCAAGGGGGCUGAGCACAUGGCCCUGCUGCACCCCGUCCACUGCAAGCUGUAUUAGCACCCACUAAUGCCCCCCAG